AUGAUUAUUCCUGGUCCUCGUAAUCCUAAAACCAGGAUUGAUGUAUACCUGCAGCCCUUGAUUGAUGAGCUAAAACUACUAUGGGAAGAUGGCGUUUUAACUUAUGAUAUUCAUUCCAAGUCAAAUUUUGUAAUGCGAGCUGCAUUGUUGUGGACUAUUAAUGAUUUUCCUGCAUAUGGAAUGUUGUCUGGAUGGAUGACAGCAGACAGGCUAGCAUGUCCAUACUGUAUGGAACGAACCAAGGCAUUCCAAUUAAAAAAUGGGAGAAAGCCAUCAUGGUUUGACUGCCACAGACAAUUCUUGCCAAAUAAUCACAUGUUUAGAAGAAACAAGGAUGCAUUCUAUAAGAAUAGAAUUGAGAGAUCAGAACCUCCGCCAAGAUUGACUGGAGAGCAAAUAUGGUAUAUAGUUCAGAAUUAUGAUAAGAUAAGUGAUGUUGAGCAACUUGAGAUAGAAGGAUAUGGAAGUACGCAUAAUUGGACCAAAAGAAGCAUAUUUUGGGAUUUGCCUUAUUGGCGUCAUAAUUUAAUCCGUCAUAACCUUGAUGUAAUGCAUAUUGAGAAGAAUGUAUUUGAUAAUAUAUUCAAUACUGUCAUGGACAUCAAAGAGAAGACUAAAGAUAAUGCAAAGGCUAGAAUGGAUCUGUCAUUAUACUGCAAGCGAAAAAAUUUAGAACUGCCAAAACAAAGUGGAGGUAAAAUUAUAAAACCCAAAGCAAACUACACAUUUACCCUCCAGCAAAAGAGGGCAAUAUGUGAAUGGGUGAAAGAGUUAAGGAUGCCUGAUGGGUAUGUUUCAAAUUUAGGGAGAUGUGUUGACAUGAUAGAGGGCAAGUUAUAUGGAAUGAAAAGUCAUGAUUGUCAUAUAUUUAUGGAACGUUUACUGCCAAUUGCUUUUAGUUCAUUGCCAGAGCAGAUCUGGAAGCCAAUAACAGAGUUAAGUCAAUUCUUUCGAGAUUUGUGCUCAACAUCGUUACGAGAAGAUGUUCUAAAUAAGCUAGAAGAAAAUAUUCCAAUUGUGCUAUGCAAGCUAGAACGUAUUUUUCCUCCUGGAUUUUUUGACUCAAUGGAACAUCUACCUAUUCAUUUGCCAUUUGAAGCAUUGCUUGGUGGUCCUGUGCAAUAUAGAUGGAUGUAUCCUUUUGAGAGGUUUCUCCAUCAUCUUAAAAAAAAGGUCAAGAACAAAGCACAUGUUGAAGGAUUUAUCGUUGAAUCAUACCUAAUUGAGGAGAUUUCUUACUUUUGUGAGUACUAUUUUAACCAAACUAGCAUCGAUGCAAAGCAAAAUGAUGAAGGUGAUGAUUCAAUUGAGCAAAAUUUGUCUAUUUUUAAUUUGCCUGGUUGUUUGGCUGGUGAAUGCAAAACUCGUUAUUUAGAUGACAAAGAAUUCAGUGCAGCCAUGAAUCAUAUACUAAUAAACUGUGAUGAAAUUAAGCCAUAUAUUGAGAUCUUUGUGGAUUUCAUAUGCCAAGAUCAUAUUACUUUAAGUGAUGAACAAGUUCAUGAUCCUUUAAAUAAUGUGACAGAUUUGAAUAUUCAUUCCUUGGCAUGGGGUCCUUUGAGAAUUGUUAAAUGUUGGCCUAUUUACAAAGUCAAUGGCUUCAAGUUUCACACAAGAUCUCACUCAAGUGAAAAGUCAACUCAAAAUUAUGGAAUAUGUGUCAAAGGCACAGGUUAUGGUGAAUAUGAAAAUGAUUUCUAUGGCCUGCUUAAUGAAAUUAUCCAAUUUGAGUAUACUGGGCUACCACUAAAAAGAGUUGUACUAUUUAAAUGCGAAUGGUUUGAUCCCACGAUUGGCAAAGGAACAAAGGUAAACAAAGAGUAUGGAAUCAUACAGAUUCGAAAGAAUCGACGAUAUGGUAAAUAUGAUCCAUUUAUCAUUGCACAUAAAGCAAUUCAAGUAUAUUUUGCACCUCAUCCAAUGAGCAACACCAAGAAAAAAGCAGAAUGGUGGUUUGUAUUCAAGACUAAAGCAAGAGGUGAGAUUGAGAUUGAAACAACGGAGGAUUUUGCAUAUCAAGAAGAUGGCACAAAUCAAUCUAACAAUCAUAUCUCAAAUGAUAUUGAUAUUGUUGUUGAUUUACUGGAUACCAAUAGUACAAGAUAA